CUAUAGUUCUCGUCAAAGCUCGCCAAUUUGCGCGCAACACGCUCUUCUUCAUCUUCCCUUACCUUCCACCGCAUUAUCAGAGACACCCCGUGCCGUGUGCGCUCCUAUCUGAUCACGAAAGGGAAAAAAAGAGAGAAGAAUAUACCUUUUUUCCCUUCAAAUCUGCGGACAAUACUCUAAUUCUGAACCCCAACCAGUCAAUAAUAUUCUCAAUUCCAAUAUUUAUUCGUGUCUAAUUCUUAAUUCAAACAGGUUUUUUCCUUAGGCCAGCUUGAAUUUAGAUUUCAGUUCAUGCAUGUAAAAAUUAAAUCUGAUCGCAAAAAAAUGGAUUUCGAGAAACCAAGUUUUGGUGCGAUCGCGGGUAGCAUUAGCCGGCCAUCAUGGGCGGUUCUGCUUCUCCUGUUCGUUUUUGUGGCAAUUCUGUCCAUGCAGCUCCCGACGGAUUCAGUUUUCUUGGCAUUGAAAUCAUCGGAACCAGCUAAUUCGGGUGUUUCGGAGGAUCGUGAGAGCUGCGCCGGGUUUUUUCAGGAGGUGCCGCCGAGAAAGGUUGUGAUGUCUAUAAAGGAUUUCGGAGGAGUCGGUGACGGCAAGACGUCAAACACCAAAGCGUCCCAGAAAGCCGUCUGGUACAUGAAAGGUUUCGGAGAGAGAGGUGGGUCUCAGUUGAAUGUGCCCAAGGGGACCUGGCUCACUGGGAGUUUCAAUCUCACGAGUAAUUGCACUCUCUUCCUCGAACAUGGUGCUCUCAUUCUGGGUUCUCAGGACCCGGAUGAAUGGCCUAUCAUAGAACCAUUGCCUUCUUAUGGGAGAGGAAGGGAGAGAUUAGGAGGAAGACAUAUAAGCCUCAUUCACGGAAAUGGCCUCACUAAUGUUGUUAUUACAGGGCAAAAUGGGACUAUUGAUGGACAAGGGCACAUGUGGUGGGAGCUGUGGUGGAAUAGAACACUGAAGCACACCAGAGGCCACCUCCUUGAACUCAUAAACUCUCAUAACAUUUUAAUCUCCAAUCUUACCUUCCUCAAUUCUCCCUUUUGGACUGUCCAUCCCUUUUACUGCAGUAACAUAGUUGUCAGAAACAUGACGAUUUUGGCUCCCUUAAAUGCUCCUAAUACCGAUGGCAUCGACCCAGACUCGAGCACCAAUGUAUGCAUUGAAGACUGUUACAUUGAGAGCGGUGAUGAUCUUGUUGCCGUGAAGAGUGGUUGGGACCAAUACGGCAUCACCAUGGCAUGUCCGAGCUCAAACAUUAUAGUGAGGAGGGUUACUGGCACUACCCCAACCUGUUCUGGUAUUGGAAUAGGCAGUGAGAUGUCUGGAGGUAUUUAUGAUGUAACCGUGAAAGAUUUACAUGUUUGGAAUUCGGCAGCUGGCAUUCGUAUCAAAACCGACAGGGGCAGAGGAGGCUAUAUAGCAAAUAUCACCAUAAGUAAUAUACUAAUGGAGAGAGUCAGAAUACCGAUAAGGUUCAGUCGAGGCUCAAAUGAUCACCCUGAUGAAGAAUGGAAUCCAAAAGCUGUUCCGAUAGUAAAAGGUUUCUUUAUUAGUGAUGUGGUGAGUUUAAAUUCGACAAAGGCGCCUAUAUUGGUGGGAAUUGAGGAUUCACCAUUUGAAACGAUAUGCAUGAAGAAUGUUAGUAUACUUGGCCUACCUUCAUCUGCAGCAUGGCAUUGUGAAUUCGUGUCGGGUUUCACCGACAAAGUACUUCCAAUGUCAUGCCCCCAGCUUCAGAACAAUGGUUCAUUAUCAUGGUGAUCAUUCGAAGUUUACUUAAAUCAUAGAUUGAUGAGCAAUAGGCAUGGUUUUGAUGGAGCAUCUAUGUUAUGGCUUCACCGACUCAUGUGAAUCUGGUUUCUGUACUGGCCAGAUGUGACACUGGUAUGCCAAUGAACUUGCAACUGCAAGCACUGCUGGGCUGGCUAGAACUCGGAAUAUUGCUCCUGGAAUGCAGUGCUGGGAACAUACAAAUCCCUAAUUUAUUGGCAAAGAGGAUUUUGUUUUUACAGAUCUGCAGGAGCAGGUUUUGGCUUGCAUUCGUUGUUCCGAAUUUUGCCAGGAGGACUUAUUCUUUGAUUACUUUUCUUGGAUUGGUUUCUUUCUAUUGUGUAAAAUGAUUGCUGACACACAUCAGAAUCAAAUGUAUAAUGGGGUUUUGAGAUCCCAUAGAGAGACAGGGAAAGACCUUGAGUGUACAUAGUGGGAAUACAGAAUUGCUGCAGAUUCACUUUCU